UUUCCGGGUUGGUGGUACUCAGACGGCCAUAUUUGAUUCGGUUACACUGUUCUGACAACUACUCGCUUCAAAGUAACGACACAACCAGUCCAGAAUCUCUCCGAACCACCUUCAGCUGCUUCCACAGACGACACACUUCACAACAAGCAGGCAACCAUGAAUCCGGAAUAUGACUACUUAUUCAAGCUGCUGCUGAUUGGUGACUCCGGUGUCGGGAAGUCCUGUCUCCUGUUGCGGUUUGCAGACGACACGUACACAGAGAGCUACAUCAGCACCAUCGGGGUGGACUUUAAGAUCCGGACCAUCGAAUUGGACGGGAAGACCAUCAAGCUGCAGAUCUGGGACACGGCGGGCCAGGAAAGGUUCAGAACCAUCACCUCCAGUUACUACAGAGGAGCUCACGGCAUCAUAGUGGUGUAUGACGUGACAGAUCAGGAAUCGUUCAACAACGUGAAGCAGUGGCUGCAGGAGAUCGACCGCUACGCCAGCGAGAACGUCAACAAGCUGCUGGUCGGCAACAAGAGCGACCUGACCACCAAGAAGGUGGUGGACUACACUACAGCCAAGGAGUUUGCGGACCACCUGGGCAUCCCGUUCCUGGAGACGAGCGCUAAGAGCGCCACCAACGUGGAGCAGGCCUUCAUGACCAUGGCGGCUGAGAUCAAGAAGCGGAUGGGCCCCGGGGCCACGGCCGGCGCCGCCGACAGGUCCAACGUGAAGAUACAGAGCAAGCCGGUCAACACUUCGUCUGGCGGCUGCUGCUGAGAGCCGCCGCUUCCCCCCCACCCCCCCGGCCAGCAGUAGGACGAUAAGCCCCGCCCCCACCAUCUCCCGCCGUCUCCUCGUCACUCGGAACCGUUUUUAAGUCUCCUGGGUCCGGACGGAGCGCGCUCAGACCGGCAGCGCGCGCGCCUCCACACCUCUCCCCCUCAGCAGGCUCCGCCCCCUCAGCAGGCUCCGCCCCCUCAGCCACGUGCCUUCAGGGCAGAAGAAGAACCCGCGCCGCCCAGACAACAUUCCCAUCAGGUGGCGCGCGCGCUGCCGGCCCGGUCGGAGCGGCGCUCCCACAAACUGUAUAUAUUUAUACAUAAAUGUUUGCAGAAGCUGUAGAAGAAGAAACCUGAGCAGCUGAUUGGCUGCGGACGCCGCAGCUCUGCGGCUCAGAGUCUAUUAAACAAUGAAGGAGAUGUUUGAUAACA